AUGGCCGCUCCGUACGACUCGUCUCGUCCGCCGCGCUUGGGAGCGACUUUCUAUCCAGGCACCGUCGACGACUACCAGAUGCCGGAAGUCAUCUCGCCCGCCCCUCAGAGGGUCAUGCCCGAAGUCCCUGAGAACAUGCAAGAUAAUCUCGCGCACUUCGAGCUCGACGCCUCUUCUACCUCCAACCCGCGCUCUCACCAGCAGCAGCAGCAGCAUUUCCCAAAUCGUGGCUCUUCGAUGCAUAACCAAGGAUCGCCAGGCUUCUCUGCGCCGGGCUCUCCGUCCUAUCCCCCGCAGCAACCACCACAGCAUUACGGCGGCGGCGGCUACGAUGCCCCAAACUUCUCCCCUUUUCCGCCGCUCGUCAACCCGCCGCCAAAUGUGCCUCCGACAGACGAAGAGCGUGAAGCAAACCUCGAACAUGGCCGUAUGGCAGUCCUCGGCUCCAACGAUGCGGAAAUGCAGCUUGCCUGGGCCCAGGAUGCCCUCUCCUACGUCGAAGUAGCCAUGCAGAACGAACUGCGCAACCAGGUAGCCUACGCGCCCCGGCCACAGACACCGCAGAUCGAACACCAGCUCAAGACGGAUGCCAUCAAUAUCGUUACAUUCCUGGCCGAGCAGCAGCAUCCGCGGGCUAUGUUUAUCCAGGGCAUGUGGCUAGAGUUUGGCAAGUUUGGCUUCCGCGUCGACAAGAAGGAGGCUUUCCGGUGCUACUCCCGAGCCGCAGAAGGCGGCUAUGCACGCGCUGAGUACCGCAUGGGAAUGCAGUUCGAGAGUUCAAACGAACCUCUCAAGGCUAUCAAGCAUUACGAGAAUGGCGUCAGGCUGGGUGACUCUGCUUCAUACUAUCGUCUGGGAAUGAUGAUACUACUAGGACAGCAUGGCCAACGACAGGACUACGCGGUAGGACUCGACCAUAUACGCUAUGCUGCACAAACCUGCGACGAGAAUGCCCCUCAGGGUGCCUACGUUUAUGGAAUGCUGCUUGCUCGUGAACUACCUCAGGUCACUGUUCCGGAUGAGUAUCUCGCUCACGACCUAGCCAACGCCCGUAUCAACAUCGAAAAGGCCGCAUACCAUGGUUUUGCCAAGGCACAGGUCAAAAUGGGCUCCGCGUACGAGCUAUGCCAGCUAGAUUGUGACUUCAAUCCAGCACUGUCUAUUCAUUAUAACGCCCUUGCUGCUCGACAGGGCGAGCCUGAUGCUGAGAUGGCCAUCAGUAAAUGGUUCCUGUGUGGUCACGAAGGCGUGUUCGAGAAAAAUGAUGAACUUGCCUUUACAUAUGCCAAGAGAGCAGCCCAGUCUGGCCUGUCAACAGCGGAGUUUGCCCUGGGUUACUUCUACGAGAUCGGCAUCUAUGUUCCUGUUGAUAUCAAGGAAGCCCGAAGCUGGUACGCCAAGGCAGCUGCCAAUGGAAACAAGGACGCAUCAGGACGAAUUGACAGCAUCUCACGCUCAAAAACACUCUCUCGCAAGGACCAUGAAAAAGUGGCCAUCCAGCGCAUCAAAACACAACGUACCCAGCAGCGCUUUUCCCAACAAUCUAACCAUCUGCAGCAAGGUCAACCCGUUCAAGACACCCUUGAGAUGCCUGACCCAUCCCGUAUGAGUCUCCAUGAUCCUGCCCGCCCGAUGUCGGCAGCACCAUACCCCGAUGGACCUCCCUCAGGACGCUAUGGACCAGCUCGACCCGGACCAGGGCCAAACUCACAUUCGUACGGGCCAGGACCGGGAGAUCACCGUAGCUCUUCUGCUUUCGGUAUCAACCCUAAUCUCCGUGCACACUCAGUUGGACCACCAAUGGGACCACACGGAUAUCCGCCGCAGGGCCGUCCGCCAAUGGGUCCCGGCCCAGGUCCAGGGGGCCCUGGAGGCCCUGGUAUGGGACCAGGUCCACCAAAGCUAGACAUCGGCUUCUCUGCUCCCCCAGACUUGUCCGGUGCAGAUAGAAGGAGGAAACCGCAGCAGCGCCCUCCUGGUGGACCAGGACCAGGACCAGGACCCAGUCCCGGCGGAAACCGUAUGCCUUCCACCCCUCCAUCAGGAAGACCACACGGCGGACCACCUGGUGGUGGCAGACCCGGCACCGCAUCUGGCCCAGGGCCUGGAGCCGGACCCGGGCCUGGAGCUGGACCGGGACCGGGACCGGGACCCGCUCCACAGCCACCAAAGCAGCCUGCCAGCGCACCUCCUGUGGCCCCCGGUAAAGGAAAAGGGCCCAAGACGUUUGAGGAGAUGGGUGUGCCGCAGGGCAAGACGGAGAGCGAUUGCGUCGUUAUGUGA